GUCGUUUGAAUUCAGACGAGUUGAGAUUUGAAAAAAUUCACUCAUUUCGAACCAAACAGAAAUUAUUUGAAUAUUUUGGAAUUUAAUUUUGAUUAAUCGAGUUUAUUGAUUGAAACAAAAUUCAAAAUGCCGUGUCUAACUGUGAAAAAUUGUUGUGGUUACAUCGAUUUAGAGACUUCCGGCAUUAUGAUGGGUGUAUUGGAUGUAUUUUUUCGGAUCUAUUUUACAUACACGAUUCUCAAUACAGAUCAAAGAGAUAUUUUCUUCCAACUCAGAGGAACGAGAGAAAAAACCUAUGUAACUGUACCACCGGAGUUUUUGGCGUUUUUGAACUGUAUUUGCAUAGUCCUUUCCAUCACAUUCCUUUUGGGUAUACUUGCUGGAAGACCAAAAUUUAUGAUACCAGGAAUCAUCCAAUCGUUCUUCUCGAUUAUUGUGGCGAUACUUUUCAGCAUCAACGCGUCUUUUUAUUUAUUUUCAUAUACAAAUGGACCAAAAAUCAUUACUUUUAUUCUAUAUCUUUGUGUAACAGCCUUCUUUUUCUACUUGUUGAUCAUACAAUACUCUCUCUACAAAAGUAUGAAGGCCAUGCUAAAGGGUCAGGCGAAGAGCAACACGCACGCUGUUUAAUUACAAAACCUAUCAGCGAUGAAAUGAUAUUGUUUUGAAAAUACGUUUUAUUUAGAUUACAAAAAAACGAAAUAUUUAUGUGUUCUUUCGAAAUGUUCAUGUGUUCUUUAUAUAACUACAUUUACAUACUAUUUACAUUUUUUUCUUCCGAACUUUAUUUUUACAUAAAAAUAAAGAGUCUUACGGGAGUAAGACGAACUUUUCC